AUGGCGACCCGCCAUCAUGGGAUCCUGCAAUCCAUUCUUAUUUGGAUGCUCUUGUUCCUCCAAGCUAUAGCUUCAUUUAUAUCUCCUAUCGCCAGGGAGCCACUGCCAAUUGCGCGCAAACACGACAUCCGGGAUGCUGCACCGGGAAAACAGAUGAUUAUUCCCCCUCUUGUAGCAAAAGCUGCCCAAUCCGACAUCGAUGAAGCCAGGCGCCUUGUGGAUGCUGCAAUUAAGAAAGCUUCGGUCCUUAACAAAGCUCGACUGGACCACCCUAUGAGAAAUCGCUAUUCCUCAACGCGUGCUGCCAAAGCUUCUCGUCGCGAUGCAUCCAGCAGAGAUGCCCUGCUACCACCUCUACUCAAGAUUACCAAUGAGAUAGCUGCAGCUGCAGCUCUCCUGGCUGAGGUAGAGGCCGUUGCUGAAGCCAAAGAUCUUUCCAAACCUAAACGCGAUUACUCGUACAUCGAUGCGCUGUAUAACCGUACGGCAGAAAAGCAAGCACAACCCUUCUGGAUGGAAGAUAUUGAAAGAAAAGGGGCCUGGCCGUUUGGGAAUGACCCUUCCUUCAAGGCAAACGAUCGCCCUGUCAUUAAAGCUGCUAGUUCAUUUAUUGGCCUUGGUGUGCUUUCCACAAAUCGCUACGUUGAAAACGGGGGUGCCGGCCCGGAUGGCAAUGCAAAGGAGUGGUAUGUUACCACGGGCAACUUUUAUCGCCAGAUCCGGAAUUUCAGAAUUGAUAUUACUGCCACCAGCAGAGAUGCAUAUGUUGCUGCGCUCCAUUAUCAGGUUGCUCAAGCCACAAGCCUUAUGAAUGUUGACUUUAUCGCUUCUACGGAUCCUGGCACCACCCAGCAGGCCAUUUACGGUGGGAAUCAGCAGUUCACGGCCCAGAGGCUCAAAUUUAACAAUUGCAAAACAGCCGUACAGAUAAUUUGGGAUUGGGGAUGGAUUUGGAAAAACAUUGAAGUCACUGGAUCCACUACGGGCUUUAAGCUUAUGUCUGAGGAUUCUGUCCCUCGAACUGGUUCUAUUCUGGUGUUAGACUCCAUCUUUAGAAAUACGGAAACAGCACUCCUCACGUUCCCCGCUUCUCAGGAAAAAGGAAAGGGGACAACAGGAAUAACCUUCGACAAUGUUGAUUUCGAAGCAGUUAAAAAUGCCGUCGUAGACAACCAAGGAAAAGUAUAUCUUGCUGGGAGCGUUCGAACAGUCGAUACAUGGGCUCUUGGACCGGUAUCUUUUGAUAUGUCCCAAAGAGACUACACCUUAGGGAUGAGCUUUUCCACAAAAAGAGAGCCGACAUUGGUUACCGAUGGGUCAACUUCCCUGCCAAAAGCUCCCUUUUUCGAGAGAGCGAAGCCUCAAUAUGAAGCAAUUCCUGUGUCCAAAUUUGUCCACAUGAAGGAUCGUGCUAAAGGAGAUGGCAUUACCGAUGAUACUGAAGCAUUCCAGAAUUCCCAUGUACGAAUUGGAGGGGCUACUGGUAGCGAACUUACUUCAACAGAGUGCCCAGCGAUCACGAGUGGUGUAAAUGGUGAUGGUUGCAAAUCAGGAAGUCUCAUGAUGCACAUUACCGAUAGCUCAUCGGCAUAUAUGGAAAACGUUUGGCUCUGGACUGCAGAUCAUGAUAUCGAUGAUCCUGACUGGCAAGAUAACAACAAUACCUUGGUUCAAACUUCGAUCUACACCGCGAGAGGACUGCUUGUUGAAAGUACAGAGGCAACAUGGCUUUAUGGGACAUCUUCUGAGCAUGCACUCUAUUACCAGUACAAUUUUUACAAGGCUCAAAAUGUAUUCGCGGGCAUGAUACAAACUGAAUCUCCCUAUUAUCAGCCAACACCUAACCCGCCUGCUCCAUUUGAAUCUGCUGUUGGAAUCUUCAAUGGAGAUCCAGCGUACCAAAAUUGCCAUUGCGGUUCUCCGGGAAAUGAUGCUGCGUGGGCGCUCCGGAUCAUUGAGUCGUCUGAGAUCUAUAUCGCGGGAGCAGGGCUAUAUUCUUGGUUUUCUACCUAUACACAGGAAUGCAGGAAUGGUGGUGGUGUUAGAAUUUUUAAUUUAAUCACCAUCGGCGCUACCAAUAUGAUUACUUCUGAUGGAAACCAGCUUACAUCACAAGAUAAUCUCGCGGUCGACUACCAUCCGUACUGGAGUCAGAUUACGAUUAUAGAUCCCAUCCAAAAAACAGGCCCUCAACGGCUCAUAAAGCAAGGGCUCCAUGCCAGAAAUGAAGAUAAAUGUCCACCCGUUCUCCCGGAAGCUAUCUUGCCUGAAGGGAAAUAUCCCACAAACCUUUCGAUAAUUGAUAUCGGAGGCCACUCAGACCAUGGAUAUUUCACGUUAGUCAACGGAUCUCCAUAUAACUGGAUACUCACAUCUAGUCACUCAUAUCAGAUGGAUCAAUGGAAGUGGCAUAAUGUCCCUGCCGGUGAAUCCGUUCAAUGCGAGUGGCAGUUUGCCCAGUCCUUCAAUAGAUAUGAUGACAAAGGAGAAGCAUACUACAAGAUCGAGGGAACGGACAAGACUUUCCAGAUAAUGGCCAGAUACCAAGAUGAUCCUAACAAUAAUUUUCAUCUUCGUGUUCUAUACGAUGGAUUAGAGACCAAGGAUGUACCGAAGGGCACUUCCCUUGAUUUCCCUUCCCGAGGCGGCUUGGGAGACAUGAGAGCUAUGAAUUGGGUGUUGGCUGGAAGCGAGGAGCAGGGUUACUGGUCAAGCCACAAGCCGCCGAUUGCAUGGAUGUCGUCAAUAUUAACCAUCAUUGGUGAGCGAAAAUUGAAGCACGUUUGCAUGCCGGGAAGUCACGAUGCUGGGAUGUCGAAGCUAAAUGGGCACACUGAAUUUUCAAAUGAAGGCAAUACCCUAACUCAGUAUUUGAAUAUUUAUGACCAGCUAAGAAGGGGAUCUCGAUACUUCGACGUUCGUCCUGCCAUCGGCGAUGGGGGAAAGUUCCUCACUGGCCACUACAGUGAUAUAGAUAUUCUCGACAUUGGGUGGCAAGGGGGGAAUGGAGAAUCGAUCCAGGAUAUAGUAGAUGGGAUAAACAGAUUCACUGCUGAAAAUCCUGAGCUAAUCAUUAUCAACCUCGAUCUAACCCUGGACACGGAAAAUGGCUAUAAACCCUUCAAUGAUGAACAAUGGAGUAAAACUUUCGACCUAUUCGAAGGUGUGACGCACCUUCGGGGUGGCCUCGAGGGCGAUUUAAGCGAGAAGAAAAUGAACGAUUAUAUAGGGAAUGGCCAGGCCAGCGUAAUCAUCCUCUCAUCCGGCGGAGCAACACGGCCAGAUAAAGGCAUCUACUCGACCCGCCAAUUCCCACGGUUCGACAGCUACUCCAAUACCGACGUAGUAUCCACCAUGGCCGACGACCAAAUUGCAAAGCUCAAGGGAAACCGCAACAUCGUCGCCAACGACGCGGAAAGAAAGGACGUCUUCCACGUAUUUUCAUGGACUCUGACACUUACCCGCGUCCUGGAGCGAACCAUCGCCGACCAAUCCAUUGAACUGGCAUAUGACCCCCUCUUCUGGCGGGCGUAUCAUGCUUUCACUCCCUUUUCAUAUCCGAGUGUUCUGUACAUGGAUUUCAUCGGGAGUGCGGAGAAGAAUACAAAAAGCUUUGAUCAGACGACAGGAGAGGUUACCGCAAUGGCCAUGGCAGUGAAUAUGCAGCUGGCGAGCCAGAAUUGUUAUGUUGGCGGUGGCUCGAUUGUCGUCUCAAAGAAGCCACCGCUAGAGCAUCGAUCUGAGGCAGCGAGGCCACACCUGAUGUCGUCCAAGUCUACAGUUUCUUUCCUGUUAUCACUUAUUUUCUUGUAUUUUCGCUUGCUAUGA